AUGGAGGAGAAACUGCGAGAGCAGCAGCGUGAAUCGCAACGGCGAACGACUGCGAUUCGCUCGAUCGCAAUCGCAACGCUUGCCGUCACCACCUGUAUGAUAUCUAUGCCAAUUGUGUUCACGCGCCUGCAAGAGAUUGACAGCCAUGUCCGCGGGGAACUUGAAGAGUGCAUGAUUUCUUCCCGCAAUCUCUUACGUCAAGUGAUCAGCGUCCAUCCCAAAUCUCCACUGCUCUCUGCAGCUAGUGCUGUGCUAAGAGAAAAGAGGCAGGCAAAUGGAUCACCUGGUCAACCAGGACUCAAUGGUCCGCCUGGUCCACCUGGUGUACCAGGAAGGCCAGGGAUACCUGGACCUCGUGGUGAGCCAGCUGGUGCUCCUGGUGACAGAGGGCCUGAUGGACCACCUGGAGGUCCAGGACAAGGAUCACAACCUGGGCCCCCAGGACAACCAGGAGAACCUGGACCGCCAGGAAGACCUGGUCCACCAGGAAACCCAGGAGCGGAAGGCGCCCCAGGAGAUCGUGGAGCAGAUGGUAAACGUGGAGCUUGCGAUCAUUGUCCUCCUCCGAGAACUGCACCUGGAUAUUUCCAAUAA